AUGCCGCCCUCCAUCUCGGCCUUCCAGACCGCAUAUAUUGGCAUCGAGGUGCUCAUCGCCCUGGUCUCCGUGCCUGGGAACGUGCUGGUGAUCUGGGCAGUGAAGGUGAACCCGGCACUGCGGGAUGCCACCUUCUGCUUCAUCGUGUCACUGGCAGUGGCUGAUGUGGCAGUGGGCGCUCUGGUCAUCCCACUUGCCAUCCUCAUCAACAUUGGGCCACAGACCUACUUCCACACCUGCCUCAUGGUCGCCUGCCCUGUCCUCAUCCUCACUCAGAGCUCCAUCUUGGCCCUGCUGGCAAUUGCUGUCGACCGCUACCUCCGUGUCAAGAUCCCGCUCAGGUACAAGACAGUGGUGACUACCCGAAGGGCUGUGGUGGCCAUCGUUGGCUGCUGGAUUCUCUCCUUUGUGGUGGGUUUGACACCUAUGUUCGGCUGGAACAACCUGAAUGCAGUGGAGCGGGCCUGGGUGGCUAAUGGCAGUGUAGGUGAGCCCGUGAUCGAGUGCCAGUUUGAGAAGGUCAUCAGCAUGGAGUAUAUGGUCUACUUCAACUUCUUUGUCUGGGUGCUGCCCCCACUGCUGCUCAUGGUCCUCAUCUACCUGGAGGUCUUCUACUUGAUCCGCAAGCAGCUCAACAAGAAGGUGUCGGCCUCCUCUGGCGACCCGCAGAAGUACUAUGGGAAGGAGCUGAAGAUCGCCAAGUCGCUGGCCCUCAUCCUCUUCCUCUUCGCCCUCAGCUGGCUGCCCCUCCACGUCCUGAACUGCGUCACCCUCUUCUGCCCUACCUGCCAUAAGCCGAGGCUCCUCAUGUACGUCGCCAUCUUCCUCACACAUGGCAACUCGGCCAUGAAUCCCAUCGUCUAUGCCUUCCGCAUCCAGAAGUUUCGGGUUACCUUCCUUAAGAUUUGGAACGACCACUUCCGCUGCCAACCUGCACCCCCCAUUGAGGAGGACCCUCCAGAAGAGAGGCCCGAUGACUAGACUCCACCUCCUGCCCCCAGCUGCGCACACCUGGGGCAUCUCAGCCCAGUCCUCACCUCCCUACUGUCUCCCUUGUCUCCCUGACUCUUCCCUACUGGCCUUUGGGCUGGGAGUGCCCUGCCCCUCGAGGUCCUGGAGGAGUUUUGGGAGGGCAGUCCAUGGGGAAAGAACGAGGUACCCUGAGGGGAGGAGGAAAGUGGCUUGAGCCUCCCCACCUGCCUGACCAGCCCACAGGCAGCCCAGCACAUCAGGCUGAGUGGGGCUUGGGGACACUGAGACUGCCACGGGGCCCUGUGGGCCGGGAGGGCAAGCUCAGCUCCCAUGGCGGGAAGGGAGGGGAGUCUGCUUGUCUUAGGUGGUAGUGGUGCAGCCCUGGGACCAAGUUUAAGGAGAGGAGAAUAUCCCCGCCAAGAUGGAGGGAAGGAGAGAAACUAGAUGUCCUGGCCUUGUUUUCUCUCCUGUUCUGUAGCAGAAGGUGGCCAGAGCCACUGACAGGCAGGAAGCAAGGAGCCUCAGUCCCCACCUCCCAGAACCCUGUGCUCCUGGCCAUGCUGCAUGCCAGGGUGCCUGCUCUAUUUGCCCUGGGGAUUCCAGGGUUAUACUUGGGAGAGGCCGAAAGAGCGAGUCCAGAAAUAAUUUCCAGUAUUUGCUUUAUUCUCCACUAGCCCUUGGACCUGAGUGGGGGCUCCAAGCUCUCGGGAGCUAAUGUGGAAUGGUAGGUGUGGGCCUCAAACAGCCACUGGGAGACAGUGUUGAGCCCUCAAUUCUUGCCCUGAGCCUCCCAUGUAGGAGACUUGGAGUGUAACUGCCUGUCCUCUGGGCCACCAGCUCUCGGUGAUGGGCAUGUGCCCUCCUAGGUGACACCCAUCUCUGUUGCUUCUGAGCCAGAUGGAGAGGAGAACCCCAGACAUGCCAGCUCUUGGGAGCAUUCUGCCUGCCUGGGGAGUGGAUGAGGAAGGGAAAGUGGGCUGCUGUGGUCAC